AUGGCCGAAGAUCAAGCAUCGAGAAAGCGAUACGCCGUCGUCGGCGCGGGCGGCCGAUCCAGCUUCUUCUACUCAGCUAUCGCGACCGAUUACAACAAGACCUCCUGUAUCGUAGCUUUCUGCGAUACCAACCAAACUCGCAUGAACUAUGCCAACUCGAAGCUCAAGUCCCUCGGGCAUGGCGAAGUACCGACUUACCUCGCUAGCAACUUCGACCAGAUGAUCAAGGAGUCCAAACCUGACGAGGUCAUUAUUACAACCAUGGAUAGAACGCAUAACAUAUACAUUGUCCGAGCGCUAGAACUGGGAUGCAAUGUCAUUACGGAGAAGCCUAUGACUAUUGAUGCGCCGAGAUGCAAAGAGAUCUUCUCGGCGGUCGAGAGGACGGGCAAGAAGGUUCGCGUGACGUUUAAUUACCGAUAUGCACCCCACAACACCAAGGUCUUUGAGCUGAUCAAGUCGGGGGCCAUCGGAAAAGUCACCAGUGUUCACUUCGAAUGGAUGCUCAACACAAGUCACGGAGCAGACUACUUCCGUCGCUGGCACAGAGACAAGCGCAACAGCGGCGGUCUCUUGGUCCACAAGUCAACACAUCAUUUCGACCUCGUCAACUUCUGGCUCCAAACACGACCCCAAACUGUUUUUGCGACAGGCGAUCUUGCAUUCUACGGCAGAGAGAACGCAGAGAAGCGCGGUAAGACCGAGUUUUAUUCCCGCGCGCACGGCAGUGAAGUCGCCAAGUCCGAUCCCUUCGCACUGCAUCUCGAUCAGAACCCUCAAUUGAAGGCCAUGUACCUCGACGCCGAGCAUGAGGAUAGCUACUACCGCGACCAGAGCGUUUUCGGUGACGGGAUUAGCAUUGAGGAUACGAUGAAUGUACUCGUCAAGUAUCGUAACGGAGCCAGUCUCUCCUACUCCCUCACAGCUUACGCGCCUUGGGAAGGCUUCCGAGUGAGCUUCAACGGAACGGGCGGACGGCUUGAGGUCGAGAUUGUGGAGAAUAGCUAUGUCAACUCUGGCGGUGACCAAGCUGCUGAGGGUUCUAUCGAGAGCCGCAAGAUCCUGCUGCGACCUCUUUUCGAGAAGCCACGAGAAAUCCAGGUUGAGGAGGGUGUUGGUGCACAUGGAGGUGGAGAUACAGUGCUGCUGAACGAUCUGUUUGGAACACCGGUGUCGGAUGAGUACAUGAGAGCGGCGAGUCACGUUGAUGGAGCGGCUUCGAUACUGACGGGUAUUGCGGCUAAUAGAUCCAUUGCCACAGGUCAAGCUGUCAAUGUGGACGAUAUUCUGAUGGUCCCAGAUUCUUGA